UCCAGCGCUCCUAUUAGCAGAAUUGAGAAUUAUAAGAAAUUUGUGUACGUAAAAAUGGCGACUUCCAAGUGUUGCCGGUAGUCACCAGCGGUCAUAACCGGAAAGUAUAGGGCGAGAGACGUGGGCUUUUUUGGAAUGUUGUUGACAUAUUAUUAUCAUUAAUGUUCGAAAUAUCAAUGUGAACUGUUUCGAUGAAUGUUGCAUGUGAUGUCUACUUAAUGGAAUAGUUCAGACGUAAAAUGGGGUUAAAGGAUACGUAGUCAAAUACUUCAUAAUUAGGAUAUCUUACCAGUCAUAAUCAUCAUGCAUUUCAAAACGUUUGUUUCACCUCGAGUGUUUCGGGCUAUACAGAACGUAGACAUUGAUGAUUUGACAAGAUGUACGGCAAAAGAAAUAAGACCAAUUUUACCAUGUUUAGUGCGGAUGAGCUUGAUUUCACCUCUAGAUAACACUAGAGAAUGUGCAGAAGGCAGGAAAGAAAUUCUUACAUUGUUAUCUGGAAUUGAGUUGGUGAAUUCAAUUGUUGCACUUCUAUCAAUUGACUUCCAUCAGCUGGAAAAUGAUGUCAAAAAAGAACAGCAGUUGAGGCAGAAAUUGGGAAGUUCACAUACCGACAGUAUUCUUUUACAAUCUGCUCCAAGUAGUUUGGCUUUAGAAUUUGAGCGCAGUGAUUCAACAAGACGAUUACAACUUGUUCUGAGUGAGCUUUUAUUUAUUUCCUCACAGUUACAUGAACAACAGCAGAAAGGGCAGCAAUCAUUGACCUCUUUAGAUGGAACGAGUGGUGGUGCUUGCAUAACUCCAUUAAGGCAUUCUGACCUUUUUGACAAUGCAGUGUACAUGGAAGAAAUUUGCGAUGUUAUUUGUAUUGCUUUAGCUGAAUUGCCUGCAGUAUUGAAUCUCACAGAAGUGGUAGAGACAUUGUUACAUGUCAAACAUGGACCUUAUAUUAUCUGUUGGGUUGUUGCCAAUUCUCCUGAUUGUUUUCGUGAAGUGUGUACGAGUUUGAUUUCAAAUGCUGAACGGCAAGAGGAAGAAACUGCUGUAGGCCGUGUACGAAUGCAGGCUCUCACUCUCCUAUGUCAAAUGAAUCCAGUUCAAGCGUUGGCUGUUCGUGCUAAAUGUGUUGAGCUGUGUCGCAUGCCUGCCCUGGCGAUUGCUUUGAGUCUAGAACAUUCUGGACAAACUGUUGGGGCAGACCCAGAGGGCGAUAUGGUUGCCUUUGUGUCUGGUCUUUUGUUAGGGAGUGACCAGCAGGUACGCAACUGGUUUGCCAUGUUUGUUCGGAAUGGCCAAAAGCGUAAAGGAGAAUCUCAAGCUGCUCUAAAUUUGCUGAGAGAUGAACUUCUGCGUCGGUUGCAAGCUGUUGUCCUGUAUUCAAUGGACCAACGCUUGCCAGACUCGUGUGUGGUGCAGGCAUCAGCUCUCCUGAGGUUGUACUGUGCAUUAAGAGGAAUUGCAGGAAUCAAAUUUCAGGAGGAAGAAGUGUCUCUGGUAGUACAGCUCCUUACAUCUCAUCCACCGCCUUCCCCAGCGGGUGUACGAUUUGUCUCUUUGGGUUUAUGCAUGCUCAUUGCAUGCCCUUCUCUUAUUUCAUUACCUGAACAUGAAAGACGCAGCAUUGAAUGGGUGCAAUGGUUGGUGCGUGAAGAGGCAUAUUUUGAAAGUGCUAGUGGUGUAACUGCUUCAUUUGGAGAAAUGUUACUUCUUAUGGCCAUUCACUUCCACAGUAACCAGUUGAGUGCUAUUUGUGAACUAGUGUGUUCCACCUUGGGCAUGAAAGUUCCUAUUAGGCCCAAUAACAUGACACGGAUGAAGCAUAUUUUUACUCAAGAUAUCUUUACUGAACAGGUUGUGACAUCCCAUGCAGUUAAAGUUCCAGUGACAGCAAAUUUGAAUGCCAAUAUAACUGGAUUUCUACCUGUCCAUUGUAUUCAUCAGUUGCUGAAGAGCAGAGCAUUUACAAAACACAGAGUGCCUAUCAAAAGCUGGAUUUAUAGGCAGAUUUGUAGUAGUGUACCACCACUUCAUCCUGUUCUUCCUGCUCUGAUUGAAGUGUAUGUGAACUCUAUUUUGGUACCAAGUCCAAAAGCACCUCAGGAGCACACCAACAAACCUCUUGAUGAAGAGGAAAUUCGACGAGUUUUUGAAGUUUCUACAGCAUUUGGAGGCAUGGUAGAAACAAGAAGGAUAAAGUCUGAAACUGUGUCAAUAAAUAUGGAUGUGGAUGAGAUGCCAGGAUCUAGUGCAACAUCAGAAAGCUCCUCUCUGGUAACUCAGCUCCUCUUGCUUUACUAUCUGCUUCUUUAUGAGGAUGUACGACUGGCAAGUGCCCACAGCACAGCUGCUGCAGGACGUGUUGUUAAAAGCUACACUCCGGAGUUUCUUUCUGAACUUCCUAUUCGGUACUUGCUGCAACAAGCUAGGCGUGACCAGCAAAGUUAUGCAGGCUUGUUUUCACCAUUGCUUCGUCUCUUAGCCACACACUUUCCCCAUUUGUGCCUUGUGGAAGACUGGCUGGAUGAAGAGGAGGCAUCUGAGCUUAUUACUCAAGUUGAAAUAAGAGACAAGCUAUCUACAUCAGAUUCCAACAUUAAUGAUGUAUUAAGUCAGAUUCCACAGUGCCCUUCUCGAGCUGUGAGAUUGUUGAGACAGUUAAUUGCCAUGCCUCCUACUGAUGUUUGGCCACACGCGUCUGCUAUUAUUCAGCACUUACCUGCUCUGUUGGAUAAUCGCGUGCCUCGGUGUGCACCUGUAUUAAGUGUUGUUUUGAGGGUUCUGCAAGCAUCCCUGGCUGCUUCUCGCUGCCAACUGGCACGCCACUUGCAGGACCGACCUGAGCCGUCUCGCACUCUUCAGGGUGGCCCUGCGCUCCCUCCACCUAGUGAGGGGGAACGGGAGGAGCUGCGAGCAGCUCUGGUGUGGGCACAGGACUCUUUGGCAUUGCAGAUUCUCUUAGAGACAUGCCUUGCCAGCGGUGAUGAUAAAGCUAACCCAGGGCAAAGGUGGGCAUUGCAAGAGGUGCGCAGCCUGGUGUGUUCCCAUCUUCACCAAGUGUUUAUUGCAGAUCCUAGUUUGGCAAAACUAGUGCAUUUUCAAGGCUAUCCUCGAGAAUUACUGCCAGUUAUGGUUCGAGGUGUUCCAUCAAUGCACAUCUGCUUGGACUUCUUGCCAGAGCUUUUGGGACAGCCCUGCCUCGACAAACAGGCAUUUGCUGUGGAUUUGGUAUCGCAUUUAUCAGUUCAAUAUGCUUUGCCAAAAUCAUUAAGUGUGGCACGACUUGCAGUGAAUACAUUAUCAACACUACUGGGAGUAUUGCCUAGUGCCAGCAGAGCCAAAUUAUUUGGACCAUCUCUUCCUGCUCUUGUUCGAAUAUGUGAAGCAUUCCCACCCCUCACAGAGGACGUUGUUUCGCUCUUGAUGCAGUUGGGACGCGUGUGUGUAUCAGAGACAUCGCUCACUGGAGCAAUGCAGAUUGGCGACUCAAGUGCAACUACUGAUAGAGAAGAUAAAGAAACUGCUGAUACAAAUUUGGCACUCUGCCGUUUGGUUGAAGACACAUUUCUUGAUAUCCUUAGUAAAGCUGUGCUUAGAAAUAAAAUUUACUGACAACUACCUGCUAGAAAAUCUCAGUGAUGUGUUGUACUUCAUAAAGUACAUGGAGGAAAAGAUGCCUGUAUUUGCAAAGGCUAGAAAACAAUUUCAAUGUGAUGAAAUUAAUUUUUGUUCUUUUGUACAAUUUACCACUUGUUAAAUGUGUGUUGUAUGUAUUGGAGAUAUAGAUUAUGACAAUUUCUGAAUAGUUUUCGAUAUUGUUGGUCAUGAUUGAUUGAUCUUCAAUUGUUUCAACAAAAAAUGCAAGGAGAAAGUAAAAUUUUUCUGGAUCAAGGAAUGCAUUUUUGGUAAUAUUUUCAUUUUCCUAUUUAAAGGAUUGAAAAAGACAAAAUACUCUGCAUUAGAGAAAUUUUCUAUAGACUUCCUUUAUUGUACAGACUUUCUUGUUUUAAUCAGAUGUUUUGUAGUGUAAUAUUCUUCUAAACCUGUGAAACAUAUAAUUCAAGAUGCUAAAUUAGAAUAAAUGCAACAUGAAAAAUAUAGUUUUCAAAUAUGUCUUUUACUAUUAAAAAUGCAUUCCAAAAGCAAUGUAUAAAAGUAUUGUGAACGCAAAUGUGUGUUAAAAAGUGUUGUGUGAAAAGCGGUAGUAUUUGUAAAUUGAAUGUUAUUUUAGAAAAAAAAAGUGUAAAUAUUUUGUAUAAACUGUUUCUAUUGAAGAAAGUUUACAUACCUAUUUUCUGGUAUUUUAGUUAAUAAAUGUUGAAUCUGUAUAGAUUUAACGUGAAAAAUAAAGUAAAUGUUUUGUGAUUA